CGACAUUAAUCUGUGAUUUGUCGUCUGUGGUUUUUGUAAAUAAUGUAUUAUUUUCACAGAAGUUUUUUAUUUUAUGUUUAUUAAAUUAAAUUAGAACCAACUCUUAUCAAUCAAUAUUUUUAAUAAAAUGAUCAAGUCAACUGGUUUAGGCUCCAAUCGCCCACUGUCCGGGCAACUGUAUAAAUACACGAACGUCGUGAAAGGCUGGCAGCAGAGGUGGUUUGCAGUGGAUCCAGAGACUGGGGUUUUGUCGUAUUAUUUAUUUGAUGGACCCGGCGAUACCGUGCAGCCUGGACAACCGGCGAGGGGAGAGGCACACCUAGCAGCGGCGGUGAUAUGCCCCAGUGACGAAGACUCACGCACGUUCACCAUCAACUGCGCCUCUGGUGACAUGCUGAAGCUGAGGGCCACAGAUGCCAGAGCUCGGCAGGAGUGGGUCAACGGCCUCAGGGCCAUUGCAGAAAUUCAUACUAAGGCGAUGGGCGCCAAUCCUCCGCUGCAGCCGCGUGAGCAGCUCGCAGUCCACGACGCUAUGGCGUCCGCGCGACAGCAGCUCCAAGCCACAGAGCUCAGUGAUGCAGCACUAGCGAGGUGCAUUGAAUCUUCAGACUCACCGUUUCCACACACAGACCCAGAUUUACUGCUUUUGAAAGCGACGUCAGCGGCCAGCAUGCAGUGCCUGCUGCAGUGCCUCGGGCUGCUCAUGCGGCAGCAGCAGUGCGCCGCACUGGGGGGCAAGCCGCCGCGCGACCACUAGCGGGCAACCCGCCGCGCGACCACGAGCGGGCAAGCGGAGACCACCACCAAGUGCAUGUGAGAUGUGAAUGUGACACCAGUCGGAUUAUUAUGUACUCGGUGCACGAUUCAAAACUACAUCGUUUUUCAUCGAUUUUUUAACUGACCACAAAAAAGGAGGAAGUUUUUUAAUUUAAUUGUUGUGUUUGUUCCCGGAUAAUCGUUUUACCUAUCGUCUAACAUGGUUUGUUAAGUAAAUAACAUAAUAAUCGUCAUUUUACGUAUGUAGUGGUAGUAGUAAAUAGUAACGUUAUUUCAUCCACAUAAUGUAAAUUAACGAAAUUUCGUUGAAAUAGUCAUGUUGGAUGAUCGUAAAAAACAAAUGUGCCACACGCGACAAAAGUAAUCCUUGUUUAGCUCUCCCUUAAUGUUCGUUCGCCUCACCCGAUCACAGUUUUCGUAACGCAUUCAGUAAUUAAUCCUCAAUUCAACUUCAAGUCACUUUGAUAUUUCGUUGAAAUUACCAUGUUACCCGUUCCCAAAAACGAAAAAUUAAUGAAAAACGAUGUAAUCACGUUUUGAAUUGUACACCAAUAUACGGUAAAUAACCCGGUUGAGUUUAGAUUAUAAGUAUUGUGUUAGAGCUGUGCUCCUCACUUGUUGCUCGGGUGACUCUGAGUAUUCUGAACUAAAGGCUAGGGUUCACGAUAUCACCUGAUGGGAGACAAAUAUUGUAGCGGCGGAAAAUGAUUUUUAUUCAUUUUGAAUUGUCUAAUUAGAUACAUUCUCAAAUUGUGUUCCUCAUAUUAUAAAAAAAAGAUGUGGGCGGAACAGCCAAGCCAAGGAUGUCUCCUCUAAGACUCGGACCUUGGCUUAAAAAGCCAUUCUGGAAGGAUGUUUUGGCCUAAGGCCAGAUAUCGGGGACCUAGUCUUCGCCGGCGAAGACGUCACGAGAUAAUUAUUAGUAUGAGAUCCGACAUAAUAAAUAUAAACCCUUAUCUGUUAUUAAUUAAUUGGGUUAAUAAAUGAUAGAAAAUAUUCAGAUUGACACAUUGCAUAUAGGUUGCCUAUUUUAAUGGCGGCCGGAUAGUAUUAAAUGAUUUUUUUUUAGAUUUAUUUAACUUCCUCCCUCAUUGGUUAAUUUAAAAAAGUCAUACCUACACUAGUUAAUAGAAAUAUACCCAAAAGAAUUUAAAAAGUAAAAGUUGCCUGCUUUCACACUGCUACUAUGAUUUCGUAGAUUUUGUAUGAAAAAUGUGUUUGGCCGCAAUUUAACUGGGCAACCUAUUAUCACUAUGAACAUUAUCUAUCAUUUAUUUCAUAGCACUAAUGAAUGACAGCUGAGGGUAUAUAUAUAUUUGUAAUGACGGAUCUUAGACAAUACUUUGUUGAUGCAUCCUAGGCCUUUGAGGUUUUGAUUUUAUUGUAUUGUAAAUAUGCUUUUAUUUAUAUACCAAUUCAGAGAUAGACCAUGACCAAUACAUUUGCACAGCAAACAUCAUUAAUGUGUGAACCCCAUGGUUGAUUGAUGCUCAUGUAAGAUGCAAUUACAUUUCAUUUAUUUCUAUGAAUAUGAAAUUAUAAUAAACAUUAAAUCUAACGACGGUACGUAUAAAUAGGUGUGCGAUAUAGUAAUCAUUACUUAUUAUUAUUUUAGUAGAGCAGAGCUUUAAAAAAAAAUUAUGUUAUAAAAAUAUUUUGUUGUAAAAAAAUAUGAUACAUAGUAAAAAAUAAUUUUGAAAUGAAUUUUUAUUUAUUUAACUGAACUAGCCUAUUUAUAUUAAGCAUAGUUGUAAGUUGUAAAUUAAAGAAAAUUAAUAAACUGCGUCUUUUCAAUAAAACAAAAAGCGCUAAAAACAGAUUAUGAGGUAAUUUGUUUUCGUUUACAUUGCGUAAUCCUCUUUAGCUGGUAGACAGAGGUUAGAAUUAUAGACAGAAAAAUCCAUCGCACUCUCUCAAUUUAAUUGCGGAUCUUAGACCACUACGGACUUUGAUAACGAAUUUUAAAUCACCAUUUUAACAGCGCCAUCUGUUGGUCUACUUGAAUAUAAAAACUAGUUUUUUAUUUAUAUAAAAUUAAAAUAAUUUAUAAAAGUAUAUACGACCUCGUUGCGUUUUAUUUGCAAUAAAAUAUUAUUAUUGACGUAUGUCAGUUAGUUUUAUAAUAAAUUUAAACAAGCCCAGUUUUAAUAAUAUUUUUUAUUUUUUGAAUUGAAUACAAAAAUGUGCGAUCAGGAAUUUAGAACACUGCGUAUUGAUCCGCGGUAUCCAUUUCAAAAUCAAACAAAGUGAGUGUCAGGGUAAACUUAAUUUUUAUUUUUCUUUGUGCAGUCGUGUAAAAAUUAUAUUGAUUAAAAAUGAUGUAGAUACCUUGUUUUAUUACCAGAUUUGGAGGUACCUUUAUAAUAUAGAUUCAUUUAUACAUUGAGGUUGAAUACGUCUCUUUUGCCUUUAGUGAUACUCACGCAAGCGAUUGAUUUCCUACCCUGAUGCCUAAGAUUCAUUACGAACCUCUAUAGGAGAAAAUAUUUUCCAUUAUGUACAAUUUGUUUAGCUAUGCCUACCCUUGUUAAAAGCCUUUUUGCACGCCAUUGAGUAUGGAGUAUACGGUACGGUAUACGAGGUUGAACCACAAUCAACUUUACUUAAACUGGUGAUUCUUCUGUUGUGCUAACAAAUAUCGUACAUCGUCAGAGCGUGCUACGACAACUACUGCGACUUCUACCGCUGCACGCGCCUGCUGGGUGAGGUGGACGACUGCAGCAUCUUCAAGCGCUACUUCCAGACCAUCUGCCCCAACUUCUGGAUCGAGCACUGGGACGAGUUGCGGGAGAAGGGCGCCUUCCCUGGACCCAUUUAGUCUGUUGUGAUGUUCGAAAUACAUUAAACUGCAUUACCUAAUU